AUGAACGACGCCCGAUUCAGCACACUCCAGAACGACCCCCGAUUCAUCAAACCAGCCAAGAAAAACAGGCAAACAACAACAACACAGCCAGACAGCAGAUUCACUGCAGCACCAAAAGCAGCAGAGACACCGACACUAGUCGACUACGCCCGAGGCCGACAGGAUGUCGAGCUCGGCGGCCCCCGCCAAGACCAAGACAUCGACCUCACCGAGCACCCAGCCGAAGAAGAACAAGAGGAGGAGGAGCAGCAGAUCGCACCCACCCGCCGGAUCGCCGCCGUGAACAUGGACUGGGACAACCUGAACGCACUCGACCUCUACAAGGUCUUCGCGUCCCUGCUCGCCGGCCCCGACGAGCCGGGCCGGGUGGAGCGGGUGCGGGUGUACAAGAGCGCGUUCGGCAAGGCGCGGAUGGCGCGCGAGGACGAGCUCGGCCCGCCCCGCGAGAUCUUCGCCCCGCCGCAAACCAACGACGACGACGGGGAGGAGGGGGUGGUGGACGAGGACCGCGGGGCAGAGUUCGACGACCGGGCCCUCCGCCAGUACCAGCUCGACAGACUGCGCUACUUCUACGCCGUCGUCGAGCUCGACCAACCCGCCACCGCCCAGCACCUGUUCCGGCAGAUCGACGGCACCGAGUUCGAGCGCACCGCCAACCUCUUCGACCUCAGCUAUGUGCCCGAGGACAUGGCCUUCGAGGAGGCCGAUCUGUGGGACGAAUGCUCGGCCGACGCCGCCGACUACACGCCCGUCGACUUCAGCACCGACGUGCUGCGCCACUCCAAGGUCAAGCUCACCUGGGACAGCGAGGACCCCCUGCGGACCAAGUACACCCGGCUCAACACCCAGAAACUGGCCCAGGAGGAGCUCGACCAGCUCGACUUCGCCCGCUUCAUCGCCCCCCCUUCCAGUGCCGACGAGGAGGAGGAGGACGAGGAGCGGCCGCCCCAGGGCAGGCGCCAGCUGCGCGCCGUCCUCGGCCUCGAUGCCCGCCCCGCAGCGACCCUCGACCAGCACCAGGAGCUCGAGAUCUCCUUCAAGCCCGGCUUCGUCGACCGGCCCCCGUCCCCCGACUCCUCCUCCCCCGACUCCUCCUCCGCAGACGAAGCCUCCGCAGACGAGGCCUCCGCAGAAGAGGCCGCCGCAGAAGAGGCCGUCCGGGCAGACGAGCUCGCCCUGCUCGGGCUCCCGGACCUGUCCGCGCAGGGAGACGAGCGCCACUUCGACCUGGCCCACAUCCGCAAACAAGAGAAAGCGGCGGCCGCGAAGGGCCGGCAGCGGAAGCGGACGCCGGGCGGCCAGGCCGAGCAGGACCGGUUCGUCGUCGACACCGACGACCGCCGGUUCGUCGACGCGAUUGCUCACGACCCCGAGUUCGCCAUCGACCCCUCCACGCCCCAGUUCCCGAAGACGAACAGCAUGGCCCACUUGCUCCAUGCCGUCCGCGCCAAGCGCGCCCGGCUCCCCGCGGCGACGCCCGCUGCCAUCCACGGGGACGCUUCUUCAAGCCGGCCAACGCAGGAGCCCCAGGCUCGGUCGGUCGACCAGCUGGUCGCCGCGCUCAAGAAGGACAAGCACGCGAAGCCUUCCAAACGGGCGCGCACACACAAGUGA